GAUGGUAGCGAUCGAAGAAGCCGUGGAAAAUACGGCUUGAGUGGUUCGAAAACUAGACCGACUGCUGGUUAUUUAGACACUUGGUAAAUGUUUAUGUAUAUCAAGGAAUACAAUCAAAACUGCAGGCGUUUAAAGUUAAAUUAUAACUGAGACCGUUCACUUUGUUUUUUUCACCUAAAACAAUAAUUAUUGAAGGACCAGAAAUGAAGUUUAAGCGUGUUUACAUUUUUGGCUUCUUGAGAUGUGUUGUUUUGUACCCGUUUUUGAAAUCAAGAAUGCGCUUUUAUUGACUUUUGUGCUGUUAUUGUUUGUUAAAACAAAAGCUGCUACAAUAGUAUUGUUUCCUAAUGAAAAUACUCUAUUAAAACUUCAUAUUCAAAUGAUUGAGUAAAGCCUGUUCUUGAUUGGCUUAUACAAUGACGUUAGUUAUCCGUGAUUGGGUGACAAUUCUUCAAUUGUUCUUUUGCCUAUAAAUUUGCGGCACUAUCCGGAUGGUUGGGCGGAACGGUAACACCAUCAUGCCAUACACUUCCCCUCUCCGCCGCCAUUGUUGCUCUAUCUACCCACAGAUGUACGUCUCCAAUCUCAAAUGAAUGGAUGCUUUAGAACUGAAGAAAACGAAUCCAAGUUUAUUGCUGUUAUAGCCUGAGUAUCAGGCGUUUCUGGGGAAAAGGGAAAGAUGGAAGCGAAAAAGGGAGAGAGGUGAAGGAGAGAAACGCCUGACACAGAUGCUUUUACCGAAGCCUUCCACCCCCACACAGCAUGAUUCGAUACCAUCCAAUCAAAAUCACUUCCGGUCAUUGGGUUGUCAGCUUCACGUGUCAAAAAGCUCGCCUAAAAUAAAUCUCACUCAACGGUUUGGCCGAGCUCCAGUGCUUGUGUUGCUACGAUUUCGUUUUUUUUUUAAACCUCCAAUGAGGAGUUUUUGAAUACUUGUAAUGUAAAACAUUACAGGAAUUAUAACAUGUCUUAAAAAUUGUGUUAGUGUAAGAUCGCCAACGCUCUCGUUCGUAAAUAAACGUGCCCCAGAAAAUUGUAAAUUGCUUUUGUUUACAGAGUUACAUCAGGCGCUUGUCUGGCAGCUAAAAAGCUGAUGUUAUCCCUCGUAUCCUCGGGCGGUGGAAAGGAGCUGCAAGAAUAAAUAGGAAGGUGCGAUGGUGAAACACCUAUGCCUAGAAAUUAUCAAGCAGCAGCAAAUUCCACCACUUCACGGAGAGCUCGUGAAAGCUGUUACAAGUUUUAAAAAAGUGAGAGCCUAUAGCAAAGGUCAAUCCCGUUGGCGAAAUAUGAUGGCGCCCGCUUGAGCUUAAGACAUUUCAAAAGUGAGAGAAUUUUGGAAGAGGAAGCGAACGAAUUCCAAUCACGUACGCUAUCGUAACCGCCACAAGCAAAGUCAAGCUUUUUAAAAGCAUUGGUGCUGUCGGCUAUCUCAAUACAUGGCUACCUCGCUCUAUUUUCAGUUACAGUAACAAUCCCCUUUUAACGGCAGGAUGUUGUAAAUCAGAACUUAGAUAUCUGAAACACUGAUAUCGUCGUCUUUGUCCCGGUCUUUUGAAACCAAUACUCAGACAUAGUUUCGGCAGAAGCUGGUAUAUGAGGCUUUUCCAUACUCCGAGUACAUCUUUCCUUUAAACUACGAGGCCUUGAAAACACAAUUCUUGCUCGGAUUUUAUUUUUAUUCCAGGAAAGAACUUGAGAGCGCCCUCUAGAGCCGUUUUGAAUUCCUCUCUGCGUCCCCUCUGUCCAUAAAAGUAUCACAUACCGGUAACAUGAAAUCAAAACAUCUAUGAAAAAUGUCAAUUGCUUCUUGCCGAUCGCUCUUGCGGUCGGUGACGUCAGGGGGUAUUGUGUGUUAUCCAAUCACUGCCACAUCCAGAUUUUGGAUGUGUCACACGGUUUGCUGAAUGGUUUUGUGUCAGGCCUUCCUUUCUCUUCUCCCCCUCCCCCUCCCCCAUCUAAAAUCUCCUCUCCCCUAGCCCCUUAGGAAGGCCUGAUACUCAGGCUAUUGCUGUUAAUUUCAUUUUUUUUCAGCCCAUUUCCAACCAAGCGCUUCUUUAAGCUAGGCUCCCCAGUAGUGAUACACCGAUUUUGAGUCCACCCAAAUUUUCUGUCCGAGUUAUUUCAUUUAAGGGCCUCUAGCUGCAUUUUUCAAAUCUUACUUUGAUUUAUGAUGCAAUUUGCUUCCACAGUGCGACUUGACGCCUACUAUUCGAAUCAUGUCUGCGAUCCUAAAUGCUGCAAAUUCUUCUUUCAAGGUAACAGUGAUAUUUAUAAAUAAAUAUAUAAAUGAAUGAAAGAAUUACAAAUUAAAUAAAUAAAGUGGAACCUCCGCGAGCGAGAUUCCCAAUAUGCGGUCUUCUUUUCACAUUUGUACGCCUCUCUAAAGGUGAUGUUACACGGAAUGAUUCACAAUGAUUUCUUAAUUUUUAGCGAUGCACCGCGGGCCCUAACAUUGUUGGGAGUUGUUGCAUCCGUUUACACACCACUGCCAACACGCACGCAACAACUCCCAACAUUGUUGCGCCAACAAUGUUGGGAGUUGUUGCGUCCGUUUGCACGCAGCCUUAUAACGCGGGCCUUUUUUCAAGCGAUUUUAUUUUGAUUUUCCAACCUUAAUGCAGUUGUUACCACGGGGCUCAGCUGAUGUAUAAACAAUAAUCCGCCAAGGUUUUUUCCGUUUGUUUUUUGGCAAAGUUACGACAUUUUAUCUUUAGUGAUCAUUUCAUUUAUUCUCAUCACUUUCCGGUUGUUAAGCAGAGAUGUGAUAAUGAAAAAUUAGACUCCCGCCAAUCCACGCCGAGACGAAGAGCAAAUUUGGUUCCUAGGGUGUUCUUUUCCUCGGAAAUUCUACUUUGAUGAUUAUCAGAUCUUUUGACUGAUUGUAGGGAAUUUUCUGGUUUACUUCAUUUCAGAUGUUAUUGCCUUCGUUCGCCCAAGUGAUCAGCUAUGCCAUCAAUAAGUGCUCUUUUCAGCUGCAGGAAUUGUUAGAACUGUGCGUGAAAUGUACAGAGACUUUUCCAAAGGUUUGCCAGAUUCUAAUUUUCUGAUGUUUUAAUUUUUGUUUGUUUGAACUCAGACAAUUAAAGAAGGGAAGUUAAUGGCAUUAGAUCUAGAAUUUGAAACAUCUGCAUGAUUGCUUUUUGAGUUUAUUUGUGUUGAAUGUUGCCAAACAAUGUUGAACGAAAACGGUAUCGUUCGUAUUCCAUUUGAUAAGUCGCCUCUUUGUGAUUUGCGGGUCUAAAGUACAGGUCACUGCUCCAUCGAUGAAUUACCAAACCACACAGAUUCCCCUCGAUCUAAUAGAGCACUGAUUUUGUUGAGAGAUUAGGGCUAGGAGACACUUUUCAUGUUGUUCAUUUAACUGUAUCAUGGUGACCCUGUACUCUGACCUGUGGAAAAGUGACCUGUGUUUUAGUCCCGCCGUCUCUUAAGGGUACAACGGCCAACAAAAACGCGCAACUGGUUUGUUGCAAAACUAGUUGAAUAGCCCGGAUGUUGUGCGUUUUUAAGCCAAGUGUGAAAGCGAAGUCACUUACUGAGUUUGAAACAUUAGUAAACUAAUACCAUAUUUUGCGCUAAAGACAUGGUCUGACUACUGUGCCCUUCCUAAACAUCGUCCAGAACGUUCGCAGGGGACCCAUAUUCAAGCAUGUUGAAGUAAUCCAAAUGCUUUUUGUGUGCUUCAAUCUUGUAGGAUCGUAAUAAACUGUUUCUUACUCGAGCGGUGGUGUUGGAGCUUGUUCAUGCGGUCAAGUUUCGUUCUUCCCUUCCGGACGCAAAUCUUCAGUCCGUUUUACAGGUAAGUGGUUAGACAUGUGUUCUCUUUAAAUAUUCAUUCAAUUAUUGUUUUUGUUUGUGUUCAGUUUAAGCAGGGUGCAUGUCUAACUCAGUAAGCUUUAUAUAUAAAAAAUGCAGAAAAUGUUAAAAUAAAUUACACAAAUAAGCUACGAAAUUCACUGUAUAGAUCAAGGUGUGAUGCCACGAUCAAGAGUGUGCGAGCUGCGAGGACUCUAAACUUCAAUCCCUGUCAUUGGUUUCGCGGCUCCGUUUUCCGCCUAAUAGUCACACUCUCAAAACAGAGGGCUGUUUGUUGAUCACCCUCUUAAGUCCAUCAUCAGUACUAGAUGGUCUUGGGUGGGGCUGGGGCCUAGUCAUUCUUUCGUUACAUUAUCAGUUACUUUAAGCAACAACGACCGCGACGGCUACAAAAACGUCACUUAAAAAGAGAACUCGCACUACUUCAAACUUUUCGCUUUUAUUCCAUCUCGUUCAAUUCGACAAAUAAUGGCGAAUUUUUGUACGGUUGAUUUUGUAAGGACUGUAUCGAAGUUCAGGGAAAGAAAAAGAAAAUUGUUGUUUGAUGUGCACGUUCCCGCAAAACGUUAAAAUCAGAGGAAGUCUCACGGUGAGCGCGUGCAACGACGGCAAAGAAAUGUACAAAAAAGCGUGAUGCACGUGCAAAGUUGUUGUUUUGCUAAUCUAAACCUAUUGCUUUUUUGCCGUUCUCGUUUUUUGUUCUCGCCUUUUCUUUCGCCGUCGUCGUUUCUUAAGCUGCGUAUUGAAAGUCUGUUCACAGCCUACAACUCAGCAGUCGAUCUCGAAAGUACGAGCGGACUGUGAAAAGCUUGUGGUGUUGUGUCGGUAGGGGAGUGAAAGACAAAGAUUUUAUUGUCAACUGAGUUGAUAAGGUAGAUUGGCCACCGUAAGGAGAUAGAGGAGCUGACGUUUCCAACGAUAUCUCUUCCUAUGACGGAGUGCUAUAGCUCGAAAAGUCAGCUUCUUUAUCUCCGUACAGUGGCCAAUCUACUUUGUCAACUCAAUAGUCAAUCAAAUCUUCGGGAAUGGCCUACAAGCUGUUCUGUUCAGCAAUAUUUUCGUACUUUUGGCAGGGUAGCUGGGAAUGUAGCGAGCGUUCUCUAAAACCACAAUCCUCACAGUUUAAUGUUAGAACGUUAACACUAGCAUGACUUUGCCCUCCUUAGAAAGAGUCGUCCUUACAGGGACACAUGCUUUGAGUAAGUUGAUAUUUCAGUGACUAACAAAGCCGGGAAAUGCUCUUCAUGGUGUAAAGGGGCCUUAUGGCCUAAGCAGGUUAAUUCCCCCUUUGUUUUAGUUUGUAGCUGUUGACGCAGGCAGUAGAAUCAGUUUUGGAAGUGAAUCAGACAAGGCGCCUUACGAUCUUCCAUUUGGGGUAAGAACUAUGUGAUUUCAGUUUCCCUUAGUAAUGUGUUACUUCUGUCACAUCCUGCUAACACCACGCUUUGUAUCUUUUAUUUUCUUUUAGUCACGCACUCGAGCGCUUGAUUGCAACCGUCAGUAUAUUGUGGAAGCGGUGGAAUUCAUCAAAGACUGGAAUUUUAGAGCAAAGUCAAAUAAGGUACGGUGAAGUGAUUUGAAUUGCUCAUUAUGCAGGGCCGGCAAAGGAAUUACCUGGCUUUAUUUCUGAGUUAUUUCAAGACCCUGAGUAUUGGCCCGGACCCGGGGAUUGAACUCUUGAUCUGUUCCCUGCAUUCAAGCUCUCUUCUGACUAAGGUCGACUAAGGUAGUCCUGCCGCGGUCGCUCUAGUCCUGUCACGCUUCUGAGGGUGACCAACAUGCAGUCAGUGUAUGCUUUAGCAGGAUUAUCAAGUAGAGCUGUCAGAGGUAAUCAGAUUCCAAUUUUCCUCAACAGGAAAACCGACAGUUAAGUGAGCCAAAUCUUCACCAAACGACUCUUCCGAUUGACCUGAAAGCGAGCGUGGCACAGCUAGUGGCCUUAGAGCUUACCAAACAUUCAGAGGACAGUAAGAUACUUCAGAAAGCUCUGGCCUGGCUCAGAAGUCCUCCUACUGCAACACAAUUGGGGUGCGUACAUACUUACCCUCCCUACCCUUGAUAUUUUCAGGACAAAGCACUGACCUGCCUCGCCAUCUGUAGUUAUACCCAAGACCCAAGGAGGUGGGUGGGUGGGUGAGUGCGGGAUGGGGUGUUGGGUGGGGAGUUUUUUCCUUGUACAGUAGAACCCCGUUACGAUCACCAACGGGCCGUAUUAAUGGAUGACUGCAUUAACGAGGGUGUUUUUACAAGAAAAUGUAUGGCCGUUUUGCCAUGCGGCUAAAAAAGUGACCAUCAUAACAAGGUGACCGUAUUACCGAGGUGGCCGUAAGGCGAGGUUCCACUAUAUAUAUGAGCUAAAUAAAUGGGCGGUUGCAUAUUCCUCACUGCAGCGGUAAAAGUGCCUGUCUGGCCACAGCCCUGUACUAUCGCGCAGAUAAAUACAUUUUAUAUAUUAUAUGUUAUAUAUAUAUGGUGAUUGGCUGACGAAAAGAACUUUUUUUCUUUAUUACGAAUGCUUUUUUUGGAAUCAGUAGGGGAAUUUACUUGUCAUACUUAUGAUCUGUUCAUUCUCCUAUCUUAAUUUGUUGAGCAAUGUAAGUUGCUCACGAUGUAAACUGGCCGACACGGGAUUAAGAUAAACUUAGUCUACAAAGUGCCAGUACUUUUAGCAACAUGAUCUGAACUGAACAGAAAUUGUUUCUUUGUGGUCUAGCGUUUGUUUUAUUCUUUUAUGGUUAAAGAAUUUCAUUUGAGAAGCGUUGCGGCAGUUUUGGGAGAAGUUACCAGGUCAUGAUCAUGUAUCAGAGGCUUGUCGCUGCAAAGUUUUGCUUCAGUAUUCACGUAACAGGGACAUGUUUCUUUGUCAUCUCCCCUGACGAACUGUUUCCAGUUGUUACACAGGAAGCCUCAUCACACCAACACGCCCUAGCGAAAAUUUUUUUCCCUAACAUCUGGAGAUGAAUUUCGGCCGACGUGACGACAAAUUUGUCCCAAAAUUGUGUUGUAUGAUUUGAAUUUAGGACCUCUUUGAUUCUUUUCAGGCCUGUUUUCAUGAUUGAGAAUAAAGUUUUGCCGUUGGUCGAAGUAAAAAUUUGGAACGUACCGACACGUUUCAACGAGUUCUUAAGAACUCCUAAGUGCUUCCGGCCGUGGGUAAACAAAUUACAAUUUACGAUUUUGUUUUUACAAAAACAGUGUUUCUUGACUAGAUUGAAAAUCGCAAGAGAUUAGAUACCGCAGGAUGACGUCAUAAUCACCUGAACAUCAGCAGCUGGUCACAACUAAAAGAACCAAUCACUGAGCUCACAAUGUCUCUUAGUUGUUUUAUAAAAUAAAACAAAAAUUACUGAUCCUCGUGUUACUCGGUUUCUACCGGUUUGAACCUUUCAACGAUAAAAGCUAGCGGAAAAUCUCCGGUUGAAGUUAAUUUGUAAGCACAAGUCAAAUCAAGUUUGUUUAAACGAUGUCUGUAAGUGAAGCAAGCUUUUUCGAAAGUACUCCUUGGAAAGCAAAGACAUCUUUAGAACGCAACGAAUGUAUGUGGAACAAUCCAUUGCUCUCCGAUGUGGAAUUUUUGUUUCGAUCUCCAGACAGUGAAACCGUCGUUGUUCCGGCUCAUAGCUUCAUUCUAGCCACGAACAGUCCUGUUUUCUUCGAGAAGAUGAUGAAAAACACAAGACGUGAAAAAAUGGUUAUUGAAAUCGCCGAUUGCGAGCCAGAAAUUUUCAGAUUAUUUCUCCAUCACCUCUACAACGAUGAACUGGAACUCUCAACAGACUGUUUACAAGACUUGACACGCUUAGCGAUCAAAUAUUCUGUUUCAAGCUUGAUUGGAAAAUGUACAGACUUCGCUAAAAAUGUUUUGAACUCUUGCAAUGUUUUCACAAUCUUGCAAUGUGCCGAAAUUUUAAAAGACACUAGUUUACAGCAAAGUUGUUGGGAUCUCGUAGAUUUGCAUACUGUUAAAGUCAUAAUAUCUGAAGAUUUUUUGAAAAUCAGCCAAGAUUUAAUGUUGAAACUUCUGCAAAGAGACUCUCUGCGAGUACGGGAAGUAGAACUAUUUAAUGCGUUUUGCAGAUGGAUAACGUUUCGAAAUGGAAAGCAAAAUAAAAAUUCCCGUCAAAAUUAUGAACAAGAACUGAAUUUGCCACUUGUGGAUCAAAUUCGCUUUCCUCUGAUGUCGCAAAGAGAAUUUGCUGAAAAUGUUCCGCAAAAGGGCUUUCUCAUUAAAGAGGACAUCAUAAACAUGUUUUCGUAUUUCUCUUCUACGUCCAACGUCGAUGUCAGAUUUUCAAGGAAACCAAGAACGGGCACACUAACUCGCUGUCGCUUGUUUCCCGAAUCCCGCAAAUGGUUCAUGUAUUCGGGAGCAUGCCCGGAACAUUUGACACUUUCAGUAAAUUCUCCCAUAAUGUUCUGUGGCGUGCGAAUGUUUGGUUCCGAAAGAGGAAGAUAUUCAGUCUCUUUAGAAAUCUACGCUCAAAGUAAACCUUUGGAUAUUUUAGCAGUGAAGAAAGGCGUUUAUGAAUCAGAAAGUGAAGUACAAAAGGAUUAUUUCGGAUUCGAUGUGUUUUUGGAUAAACCCGUCUUGUUGAAAAAAUCCUUGCCGUAUUCUUUGAAAGUAUUAUUGGAAGGUCCUCCGUCAUGUUAUGGUUGCCAUGGCCACUCUGUGGUCGAAUGUGGUGGAAAAACAUUUACUUUUUAUCGUGAUAAUUGCCCAAUAUUUUCCAGAUUUCAGGCGGGACAAUUUGCUGAAGUUAUUUUUAUGUAAAUGCACUUCAUAUUCAAGUGAUUUAUUUAAUUAAAGCCCGAUAAAAAGCAAUAAAUACCGGAAUGCUCAUUCCUGACCUUGGAGGUUUCACAAUUGGAUAAAUAACUCUUGUCACAAGAUCUCUCAACCUUAGCGAACGGCAAGUGACCGCUUAAAGGAGGUUCAUCAGAAAUUAGCGUGAUAAUCUUUAGCAAAAAACGCUUGAGGGGAGAAGCAUUACUGGUCCACAAUCGGUCGUCACCUUCCAUCUCAAUCAGUAUUAUUCCUUCAUAAUAUAAAUAUUCUUAAAGUGCAGCCAAAUUAAGAUUAUCAGGAGCUUGAUUCCCGCAAUGAGAGAACUCUCGUUGAGACGGCCAAACGGUGGCCGUGGCUGCUUAAUAGGGGUUUAAUUUCCCAUUUUUUUUCUCUAAUUUUCUCGGGAGUUUGAUUAGUAAAGAUAGAGGCACUUUAAGAGACUUCUCUCCGUGACAAGAGGUAUUCAUUCAACGCUAAAGUGGCUACGUAUUUCUUUGUUUGUUUAUUUAUUUGUUUGUCCAGAAGCAUAUAACCCUAUAUGUUUCUGGUUUGUCUAUUUAUUUUGUAAAACGUUCAGGCAUAAAAGAAAUAUAAAUAAACAUUACACGUGGGUCUAUACCUCACGUGAUCGUCGUGCAACUUUCGUGAUGGUGGAUAUGUUUUCUGACCUGUGCGUUGUUUUUCCGGUGUUCUAAAGUGAAAUAUACGAUAAACAUUAUUCUCAGGUCAGUGGCGGAUUUAGGGGGAUCAAGGCCGGGGAUCAGGGGGAUCGGAAAGGGGGAUCCGGCCUCCCCUUGUAGGACUCCCCUGUACUCUGAAUGACCAAUGCUUUCAAACUGAAGGUAUUUCUUCUGAAGGAUCCCAUAAAAAAAUCUAAUCAGCUGACGUUCACCAAGAUUGAACUCAAGUGUCAAGAAAGGCGGAAAUUGAUCAUUUUCAUUAAAAUAGUUUCAACCGUGAGCACCUUGGAAGCAUCCAGUGAAAAAAAUUCUUACUUCCGCCCUUGUCUGCUUCUGUCCACAGGAGCCCGUCUUGUUCUUGAUUGUCCUCAGAUCAGGAGAAGGAUACUGAUUUAUCUGUCAACAAACUUUUUCACCCUUGGGGCUGUUUACUAAAGUAUCCGUUUUCCCUGCAUCAUUCACGCGUGAACAGUAUCCGUAAACGCCCAAGAUGGAAUACCUGAACAAGUAACAAACGAUUAAGAUUAGAGUGAAAAUGAAAAUCCAUGAAAAGUGUAAUUUAAGCUGAUAAAUGAAAGAAGGAAGGAAACAGACUAUGCGAGGCUGAACCCGUAUCACUUAAUCAAACAGAGGAAGGAUUUUCGAUUAUUUCUCCCCUUAGUGAAUAGUUCUUAGUCAACCUCCUUCCCAGGGCUCUCUCCUACGCCAGAGAGCACGAGUAGGAGAGGAGCAUGGGAACGAAGUUGGUUCUUAGUUAGUGGCUUAAAAGGCAGAUACCGUUAAUUCCUUUGUUAAGCCCCCCUCCCUCUUAAAUUAGCCCCCUCUCUCUCAUAUUUCACCCGUUGUCAGGGUAAGAAAGUUAAUGCGCCCUCACUUUCUUUUAACCCUCCAUCCCUUCUCCGUUAUUAUUCUUCACUACUAAAGGAUACUAUGAAUUAAUCACGAUCUGGGAUGGUUUAUUCACCAACUGGAAGUUCGAAUUUGUUUUGGAUCCUCGUUUGCAUGACCUUAACCUUCUUGUUCUUGAGCUUUUACACUUUGUAUUAUAGUUCAUUAUGGAGAACUGAUACCAUCGUCGUUUCUAAAUUCAACAUGCCGCCCCCCCCCCCUGCUCAAAUUUGUUUGAAAUAAAUAACCCCUAAGCUUCUCUCCGUGUUUCAUUUUUCUUGAAAUUUCAUACAAUCCCGUUUAAUCCCCACUUAAAAAUAUACACCUUUGUGAUUUAGUUUCGUAGCCUUCCCACCUUUGUCAAGAUUUCUUACGCUGAAUUCCGUUAUAACAAAAAUCCCCCCCCCCCCCCCCCCUGCUCAAAUGUGUUUGAAAUAAAUAACCCCUAAGCUUCUCUCCGUGUGUCAAUUUUCUCGAAAUUUCAUAAAAUCCCGUUUAAUCUCCAGCUAAAAAUAUCCACCGUUGUGAUUUAGGCUCGGAGCAUUCCCACGUUUGUCAAGAUGUCGUAAGCGGAAUACCGUUAGAACAAAAAAAACUCUAAAAGCCGGUUGUAAUUCGUUUAUCUUUCAGAGGCAAUUUACUCCCUUUCAAAGACGAACAUUUACAACAACUAGCUCGGGCGACCCACUUCUUUCAAUCUUGUGGGUAGUCGCAUUUUUAUGCGAGCACUCAGUUGUAAAUGCGUAAAAACGAAGUGUUAUCCAAACUCGGCUGUUUAUGACGUCGCGAUGGCCAUAUUGGUGUUUCAAACCAAAUCUGUGGGAGUUUAAAACUCUAGUCUUAUGUAAACGCUUCCUUUUAUUCGAAAUAAAUUUGCAUAGAGGCUGGCCACGUGAGUGAAUACUCUCUCUUGUCUUUCCUUUUACUAGGCGUCAAGAGCUUCUCGAUUGCGUGACUCACAUCCGACUGUUAGCUUGGCUACUACACGGCUCCUUGUCGCACUUUGUCCACUCUAGAAAUCCCCAUGUGAACUGCCACCCGAUCAAGUUUGAGGAGAACACGCAUAUUGCUGACUACGUGCUCAUAAUUCUGUUUAGCUUUGCAGAGCAGCUUAAGGUGAGAGUUUUGCCUUAUUAAAUUGAGAUGAUCCCGCGUUUUGUUGCGGUAGGGCGUGAUCGCACCCCUCACGAAAGGUCGUUCCCAUUAUAUUGGGACCGUAAGAUCCGACGAUGGCGACACGGUGGAAGCGUGGCUUAAAGAAGUGAAUUCGCUGUAUUUCAAUCUUCAACGCGAUUACUCUAACUCAUUUACUGUGUCAAACGUAGUCGAACUCUCCUAAAGUUGAAUAUCUAACAACCAUAUCUAAGUUCAGAAAUAAUAGAAAAUCUCGUCCUUGCUUGUUUAUGUCUUCUAUAAAACGAGGAAUUAGGUAUUUUCACGUUGUAGUGGUGCAAUGAUGGAAAAUAAAUGCACAAAAAAAACGUUAUUCACGUGCAAAGUCGUUGUUUUACUUACUAAUUCGGGAUGGGCGAAUAGUCUGUAGCCACAAAGCGUUUAUGGCUUUGAACCACUUGUGGGGUAUCAGUGUCACUCCGACAUGUUGUGUUGUACUGUGGAAGUGGCUACAGGUUCUGCAGUGGGGGGAAAGGCUUAAAAAACAGGCGAGCGAAGCGAGCCGAGCUGGAGUCUGGGGAGAGGAAUUAGGGCCCUUUCCCCUCCUUAGUCCACCGCUCGGCUCGCUUUGCUUGCCCUUUUUUUGUUUUGUUUUUGUUUUUUUUUUCUGUUUCACCCCAACUUUUGCCUUUUCUCCCCACUACGGAACGUGGUCCAAGGCCAGCUAUAGAUGGUUUCUGUGUUGUCGUUCGUCGCCAUAUGGCAUGUUUGUAAGUGAAAUUAAAAUGUCUUCUUGCAUAAAGAAAACAAACAACAUGAAGGUGUUUUUUUAAAAAAAUUGGUGAGGAGUAUAGCGCGAGAUCAAAAAAUGUUUUAGUUGGUUUGGCGUGGAGCAAAACUAUCGCAAACACGCAUUACUUACAAAACCUUAUAUCAUGUUUACCCUUUAAGUCGCAGGAGUGACCAACAUCAAUUUUCUCCCAACAGUAUUAAUACAUAUUUAAAAGAAAAGUUUAUGAGAAUGAAUGAUCACUAAGAGAAAAUGCUUUGAUCUUUGAACAAAUUCUGAAAUGUAUGGAGAUCAGUUUGGAGAAUUUGUACGUAGAUCCUGGGGCUUAACGGGUUAACAAUAUUGUCAAGCUGAUGACUUGCCGGCAUAACUGACGCCCGGUUUUUUUGGUGAGCGCGCGGUCGAACGAGCGGCGAAGUCGAGAGAGAAACGGGGAAGUGGCCUCUUUGCUGUUAGCGCGCUCGUUAGCAAGAAAAUUGCCAGCUACACGGGAUAUAUUACAUUUAGUUUAACCUUUUUUUUUUUACUAAUUAGGAACCGUUGAGUAAAUCUGCCCUGUACCAUGCGUUUAAUGUAUGUGAGGUGAGCAGGCAUAUUCUUUUUAAUAUUGAGAACUAAAAUUUCCUUCGUGAAAAUGUCUCUUUUAAUUUGACCGAUGACUUGAUUCAUGGUCAAAUGGGCCCGGUGUAGUCAAUCGAACCCAAUCGAUUUCCAAACGUUCGAUUGACUUCGAUUGGGUUCGGUACUCGAACUUAAUCGUACUCACCCAAAAAUUUUGCCAAUCAAACACAAUCGAACAUAAUAAAACACCGCAAGAAUCGAACAUAAAACCAGUUUCAUCUGGUUUCAAACAAGGCGUCAAAUAAGUUUAAUAUGUAUACCGAGAAUAUAAACCUUACUGACCUUUUUUAUUUUGAAGUUAAGGAAUAAUGUUUUGCUAUUUGCGUUAUUGUUAUGUCUUUUACAUUUAAUGAAGCCUUGUCAUGCCAAAAGUGUAGCUUGUAUUGCCUCUGUAGUGCAACAACCCCGCAACAGCUUUUACAAACGUCGCGCUUGUAGUUUUGGGGUAAUGAGAAUACUGGUAGCGCUAGUAAUGACUAUAUCCAGUUACGGUGUGCUUUUUAUCGAAACCAUAUUGAAACUUUAUCAAAGGUAAGGGUUCGACUUUUCUGGUUAUAUCCUAAGAAUAUCCCCGGUCGGUUUUGUUCCGAGAAAGAAAUUUUAAAUUGUUUUACUGUGCCGUUCAUGUUUCCCAGUAUUAAUUGUGAAUUUAUCUAUUAUGAAUCACUUUAACAACAAAGAUUUUAGUUAAUUUCAGGUUAGUUGAAAUACUUUUUUUUUCAAAGUGCUUCGCAUAGAUUACAUACUAGAGGGAGAUCUUUGCGAUUCAAUUCAAACUGGAUGCGUUUUGUCUUUCUGCCGAACAAAAUCGAACUAAACGCGUCGAUGAAGUUCGAUUGGUUCGAUUGAGUUCGGUAAUCGAACUCACGAGCUCAAUUAAUCGAAUUCACCGUAAAGUUCCGGUUUGAUUAUGUUCGAUUACCGAACGAAUCGAACAACAAUCCGACCAAUUGAGUUCGAUUGAUUUUUGGUUCGGUUUCGUUCGAUUGACUACGCCGGUAAUGGGGUGCAGCUGUUAUACGCCAGGGAAGAGAUAUAUCAUGCAAAUUUCUCAUCAUGUUUCUUUUUGGGUACUUGUAUGUAUUUGUUUUAGCUGUGGACUCUUUACUGUGAUCAUACGAAGAGUCCUGGUGAGCCCUCAACCCAAGCGACCUCGAUUGUGAUGGAAUUCUGGGGAAAGGUGACUCCUGGAAUGCUACAUCUGCUAACGCAAGCGAAGGAGGUGGGUAAUCGCAUAAAAAUAAUCCACAAUUCAUUUCCAAAUGAAUGCUGACGGACAAAAAUGUUUAUAUAGCCACCACUAUGAUAAGUUCAGUUUAUGAUCUCAUGUAGCAUGCGUGUUGGCUCGCUUCGAUCCUUAGCCUUUCGAAGAGUAGAAUAAUCUCCCACGCAGUUAUCAGACUUGUUCUUUGUGUCGUAACGCAAAAUAUGGUAAGGAGCGUUGCGUGUAGACACAUAGAAUCUGUGCGGAGGAGACUAUUCGAGGAGCGAGAAUCGCAAAAGCCCGUAUCCUUUUGUGCAGCUAUAUAUUGUCACCUCUCGGACGUGUUUGAUACGUUUUACAAAGAAACUCUGAAGCCAUUUUUCACACAACUGUCCUUUAAAAUUCUCCAAAAUUCGUAAGGUUCUUUAAAUAUUCAAGACUACUUUCUUCUUUUAUUUCAGCUGACCCUGAGUGUGAGUCAUCACUUCUUAAAUUUAAUAGAAGCUCUACAGGAGUGUAAUUCUACUCCCCUCCCCAUGGUAAGUACGUACUUUGCUCUCCCUUCCCCGAAGAGUCCUCUUUUGUGUCAUUCGGGUGCUGAAGAGAGGAGAAGAUUAACAAUAUCCGUGAAGUUCUCUUCUUUUCAAGGGCCCUGUAGAAAAGUUAGUUUCAGUAUCCUGGAAGAUGAGUUCUUUAAGCGGUCGAACUCCUGAGACAUUUUCUUAUUAGACAGCUUAUAGUUAAAUUAAAUACGCACAGAAGAGGGGUGGAAUCUGUGAACAAGUUUUGUCAUCAUUUUGGAGUGUCCCAAAUUGACUUCUCCCCUAACCUUUGAAGUAAGCUCCAGUUAGCAAUUUAAUUUUGGGAUACCCGACGCUAUGAGCUAUGAACUUUUCUCAAAUUUUACAAAAAUAUAAAAUGUUUUCGUGUAUUUGAAGUAACCAAAGUUCAAACGCUUUUUUUCCUUAACAGCUGUAUCCGAUGUGGUAUCCAAUUCUGACGUACUGUUUCUCCCAAGGGGUGAGAAUAAGCCUUGGAAGGUUGACUUAAGCCUGGGUAGCCGGCGGGAUUGUUUUGCCCGGGCUACUUUAUUGCCGGCGGAGAGGGCACGCGAAGUAUAGUUAGUAUGUCCCCUCUAUAGUCUACUACUAACUAUGCGCGAAGCGUGCGAGCUUCCAAUCUUCUCGCGGCCAAAACUACAACACUCCUCCGUCCAUCCCCCCGCUAUGCAGGCUUGGUUAACUUAAAUUGAGUUGUUUCGUUUUUCGUCUUUUUAAGUAUAGGUAAAGGGAUAGUAGAUAUCACAUUAUAAGAUCUAAACUAGCUGAGGUUAUGCACUUAUAAAAGCCGCAACCGAGUCCUUUUGUGUACAAGCCCCUCCGUAUUUGGGAGCUACCCUCAAACUCAAUAUAAAUCGUAUUUGCAAUGCAAAAGACAAGUUUUGAACACGAUAGAUUUCCACUCUAUGAAGUAAAAAUAUGCGUGAAAUUUACCGUAUGUGCCAUAAAUUUUAUUGCUAUUGUCUUUGAAGGUGACUUAUUAAAAGGGAGAUAUAAUUAUACAUUCUCAUGCAUUUCCAAUUCAUGCACCAACAUUAGAAAACUGCCGGCACAAACUACUGUCCAAUUGUAAGCUAAACGAAUUUUGAAACGGAGAUAGCCUUCCUAAGAUAAGCCUCUUCGUGUAGAAGCCCCUCCGAACAUAAGAAAGCCCUUACGCUUCACACUUUUUCACUGUGAUUUACUAUCUUCUUCAUCAUCAUUUGCUGGCCUUUAUUAUGCCGCGAAUAAGGCGCCUCCUAGGUUUAGAAUCUCCAAUAUCCGAUUUAUGUUUUUACUGUCCUCUCAAAUUCUUCAUUUUCUCGUUCCAGCUCUCGGAAGCUGCACAUGCGCGAUUGCGCAAAGCCCAGUCUCGGCGACGGAUCAACAAAGACACCAAGUCAGCACUGGCCAAGUGGCUCAAGCAACUGCAGUUCAAGAUGGCGCUAGCUGAACAACAACCUGACGGCUCUUUGUUCAUUUAAAGAUGUAUCC